AUGCAUCCAAAACAUCAGUCAUGGACUGAUACUUUCUUUUCUGGUUGUCAAACCCCCUUCGAUAUUGGUGAAAUAGCCGGUGAUGACUUGCGACUUUUUACGUGCAACAAUAAACCCUGGAGGUUUGGGAAGCUAGUGCGUCAAGAUGCGCCUCUUGGUGGCCCAAUCCUAGUCCUCUGGUUUUUUCCGACUACACAGAAGAAGAAGCACAAGCUCAACUUAGGCGGAUCCCCUCAAAACAGCAUUCUGUCGAGGACCUCAAAAAGGGAGCUUGAUCCUUUUCUCAACGAGACUAGGGCCUUUGAUCAUAUCGAUCGGCUUUGCCCCCCGUCACGCAGGGCAUUUUUCCCUCGCUUUCAUGGCGUCAUCACAAAUAUCAAACGCUCCGAAUUUCCCCCCAUUUAUAAACUACGACGUCGCGCUGUGGUGCUGGAAGCCAUUGUGCCAGACAUAGCUUGCCGACGAUUACUUGCUGCAGAAAGCUAUUCGGUGCUUGUGGAUAAUUUCGCACUCAAGCUAAAGGACUUACCUCUCAGCGUGUUCGAGAUCGAAUGGUACCGGUCUCUAUUUGAAAAUCGUCUGCGCCGUGUGAAUGCAUUACAUGAUAUUGGGAUCGUGCAUGGUGACAUUCGCGAUGACCACUUUAGGAUUCCCGGGGACUCUUACGAUACGGUCCUCUACGACUUCUCCAAUUCAUAUACAUUUUCUCCCAGGUUGCCGUACCGCGUCGCUUCAAGGAAAGCUCUACCAUUAUCAAAGAUAAGACAGUAUGAGGAAGGCUAUGUCUCAGACCAGGUAUACAGGCGUGCCCAGCAAAUGGACCUUCGUGAUCAUCUUGCCAAGUCCCUCCAAACAAACAUCGAUGCAGUUGAGGCCAUUCUCUCUUGUCCUUUGGACGAGGCCAAGGACUUGGAACUAAUAGUUCUAAAAACGACGAAUCGUCCUGACGGCUUUACUGUGCCGUCGUUAACAUCCGUGUUCCCUUUUUUGGAGGCGAUUCGGCCAAAAAGCAAUCCUAGCUGGCACAUUUCUAGAGCUCGACAGUUGAAAUCCUACAAGUCUUUGUGGGCUUUUCAACAUACGCACGAGAACCAAGUGAAUCUCACAAAGCAAACGCUAACAAUAGUGUCCUUGUGGGGGGAGAUGCUAACUGAUCCGGAUAAGUUGCGGACGGAGCAAGGAUGUUUUUUCUUACUCCUGGUGCCUCAUGCCUGGGUUAUAGAUGACGUCGGCAGUAAGCUUUUGGCAGCUUGCAUCCGGGUUAGCGAGGGUGGCAGUCCAGGCGGUAUCAUUAGUAGGUCUGAUUUCGAAGAUAUUUGAGCCGGUUUCUCCUGAGAGCGGACAUGACACGGUCCAUGACAUG